CAAGAUUCCUAACUGUUGCGUGGUGGGUUUGGCUUAUCUCUAGCACUGGUGCUGGUGUCUAGAAGCGGCGAAGAGCCAAGCGGAAGGUGAAGUGGUGGUAAAGCCUCUAGGCUUUGCAAUGAAGAAGUUUUUUUGUUUCCGGACUGGGAAGGUGUGUUCAUCCUCGGCAUUUGACAUCGAGCUGAUGAAUGACUUGAUGGCUUCGGUUCACAAGGAGGAAGUCACUGAGACCCAGCCCCGGUAUAACAUCCACGUGAAAGAGCUCAAAAAGAUCCACAAAGUUGCUCUCCUGGGCAACAUAUGGAAUAUGGAGCAGUUGCUACUGCAUGGGAAGAACGUGAAUAAAAGAGACAAGAGGAAAAGGACGCCUCUCCAUGUGGCCUGUACCAUCGGCCGUGCCGACAUGGUAGAUUUUCUUGUAGAGAGGAAAUGCAAGCUUGACCUCUAUGAUGGAGACUAUAGGACUCCUCUAAUGAAGGCUGUACAAUACCAGGAAGAGGCAUGUGUAACUACUCUUUUAGAACAUGGUGCUAAUCCAGAUCUUACGGAUAAGUUUGGCAAUACUGCCCUCCACUAUGCUGUUGGUGGUAAGAACACGUCAAUAGUAGAGAAGCUGAUUUUAUACCAUGCAAAUAUUGAAGCAAGAAACAAGGUCGAAUUCACACCGUUUUUACUUGCUGUAUCUGAAAACAACCACAAAAUGGUGGAAUUGUUAAUUAGAGAAAAAGCAGAUGUACAUGUAGUUGAUAAGUUUAAAAGAACAGCCCUCAUGCUUGCUAAAUCUCCAGAUAUAGUCAGGCUUCUUCUUCAGCAAGGUGUUAAUACCUCUUCUCGAGAUGAACGUGGAUGGACGGCAGGAAACUAUAACGUUUUUAGUGGAUUUGAUGGCAAUCACCAAAUAAUUGCCAAACAUACAGAAGAAAGACUUAAAAAUUUUUCGCAAAAUAACAAUCCAGGUAAGAUUUUCAGGGUGAAGUACUUUUGGUGGUCACAUAGAUGAAGUCAGAGUAAAAAAGUUUUGAUAAUGAAAGAACAGUGGGGAAA